CACUGCACUCUUUCUUGUCUUUCUACAUUUUUGUCUUGUCGGCCUGCCCUGAGCUCUUCCUGAUCCCGACCAGCAGUCCCCAUAGACAGACACUGGAGAUGUACGAUCAGGUCAGGAGAUCGAUGCUGUGUCGGGCGAUGUGUGAAGGAUCGGACACUCCGUCUAAGUACGCCGAUCUCUUCCAUAAGCUGGACGUCAAUCAGGAUGGGAAGGUGGACAUUCUGGAGCUGCAGCAGGGGCUCCGAGCCUUGGGGAUGGCGGUGUCCCCCGGAGCCGAGGAGAAAAUUGUUGCAGCUGGUGACGUCAAUAAAGAUGGAACACUUGACUUUACAGAGUUCAUGAAAUAUCUAGAAGAACAUGAAAAGAAAAUGAAAAUUGCUUUUACAAGCUUGGACAAAAACAGUGAUGGAAAGAUUGAAGCUUCUGAAAUCUUAAAUUCCCUUAAGACUUUAGGUAUCAACAUUUCAGCAGAUCAUGCUGAGAAAAUCCUCAAAAGUAUGGAUGCAGAUGGCACCCUGACAGUAGACUGGAAUGAGUGGCGGGACCACUUUCUCUUUAAUCCUGCAGAUAACAUUGAUGAAAUUGUCCGUUACUGGAAACAUUCCACGGUCCUGGAUAUUGGUGACAGUCUCACUAUUCCUGAUGAGUUUACAGAAGAGGAGAAGAAGACUGGUCAGUGGUGGAAACAGCUUUUGUCCGGAGCAAUGGCUGGAGCCGUGUCCCGUACAGGAACUGCCCCGCUUGACCGUUUAAAAGUCAUGAUGCAGGUACAUGGGACCAAAGGAAACUCAAACAUGUUGGCUGGCCUGAAGCAGAUGGUGAAGGAAGGAGGUGUGCGAUCCCUCUGGCGGGGGAAUGGCGUUAAUGUCAUCAAAAUUGCCCCAGAGACAGCCAUGAAAUUCUAUGCAUAUGAACAGUACAAAAAGCUAUUUACCUCUGAAAGUGGGAAGUUGGGUACGGCAGAGAGAUUUAUAGCUGGGUCUUUGGCUGGAGCAACAGCACAGACUUCGAUAUAUCCUAUGGAGGUCAUGAAGACUCGUUUAGCUGUGUCGAAGUCCGGACAAUAUAAUGGAAUGUUCGACUGUGCUAAGAAGAUUCUAAAAAGGGAAGGUGUCAAGGCUUUUUAUAAAGGAUAUAUUCCCAAUAUCCUGGGAAUUAUUCCCUAUGCAGGCAUCGACCUCGCCAUCUAUGAGACUCUGAAGAAUGCUUGGCUGGAAAAAUAUGCUACAGAUUCUGCCAACCCCGGGGUCCUGGUGCUGCUGGGAUGUGGCACUGCUUCCAGUACCUGUGGCCAACUGGCCAGUUAUCCAUUAGCUCUCGUCAGGACAAGAAUGCAAGCUCAAGCAUCUAUAGAAGGCGCACCUCAACUUAGCAUGGGAGGCCUCUUCCGCAAUAUUAUAGCCAAGGAAGGAUUUUUGGGCCUGUACAGAGGAAUAGCUCCAAACUUCCUGAAAGUACUCCCCGCUGUCAGUAUCAGCUAUGUGGUGUAUGAGAAGAUGAAGGUCCGGCUUGGGAUCUAGAAGUGGGGAACCUCCAGUCUUCACACUCAGGAAAUCCAUUGUGUGCAUAUUUGUCUGUGUGUUAAUCUGAGAGCUGAGCAGUGUGCAGUGAGUAUUGAUUGUGUUGCUGAAGACCAUAGUGAAAGUCUCCACGACAGAACAUUGCCAAAAUGUUGAAUAUUAAAGUGCAACUCCACUUCUAUCAAGAAAAAGCAAUCCCUUCGAGCAGAAAUGUAUAUUUUCUUAGUGUAUGUAAACUCACUUUUUUUUUUUUCCUCUUUUUUCAUUUGUAAUAUACUAUUGGAAGUGUCGCAUCCACUUAUCCCUUUCAAUAAUUAGAAAUGCCAAAAAAAAUAACCUGUUGUUCCUGCCAGAAAUCUAGCGCGCUUGUAAUUUCUGUGUUCUCUGAAGCAGUCUUAUCAGCUCUGCCCAGGUCCCCUGUGAGCUACAAAACACCUCUUAUGUUUUAUAAAGAGGGGGUUUAUUCUGUAGUCCUUGCAUAAUUCUUGUCCUAGGCUGACAACACUGUUUCGCCACAGAUACAGUACAGUGAGUGUAGUCGCCUCUCUAUUUUCACCCAGUGAUCCUGCCAGUAACACGCUUCUGUCUUGGGGUGGCUUCCCUCUGGAUGGAGAAGCAGUAGGGACACAUCUGGACAGCAGCAUUGUCAGUCUGGGGAGAGGGUAGUGUUGGCCCUCAUUGACACGAGGUGGACUCCAUCGCUACGGAGUCCGCCAGCUCAGCGGGAGAUCUCUCCGCUGAUCCCUGCUGAGC